UACCUAACAAUAAAUCACUAAAGUUCUGAAGCAAGCAUCUGAGUUCCUUAACAAAAUUAAAAUUACUUUUCCAUACGCCAUUUUCAUUCAGAUUUUUCUUUCUCUCUCUCUCUCUCCAGCCUCAUAAACGCCGACUUCUGCUGUGGCGCCAUUCUGAUCUCGUUCGGGGCAGUCCUGGGCAAGACGUCGCCUACCCAGAUGCUGCUGAUGGCCUUUGUGGAGGUCAUAGUUUACACGAUCAAUCUCUACCUGUGCAUCGAAGUGCUGGGCAUCAUCGAUCUGGGAGGUUCAAUUGUCAUCCACACAUUUGGUGCAUAUUUUGGCUUGGCUUUCUCGAGGACAGUAUCGCGGAAAAUGAAAGUCAGUGAUCAUCCGAAUGAAGGGUCUACCUACACGUCCGAUAUUUUCUCUAUGAUUGGUACGAUUUUUCUGUGGGUGUACUGGCCAUCCUUCAACGGGGCUUUGGGAAGUAACAAGGGAAUCGGACGAGCUGUCAUCAACACGUACCUUGGACUGACUGCAGCCGUUGUUGCAGCCUUUUUAACAUCGGCAUGGGUCAGCAGGAAAAACCGCUUCACGAUGGUACACGUACAAAACGCGACGCUGGCAGGGGGCGUGGCCGUGGGGUCUGUGGCUGACCUCAUGAUACAGCCAUGGGGAGCCCUUUGUAUUGGGUUCUUCGCUGGGUUCAUCUCCACUUCUGGAUACAUCUUCAUUCAGCCUUGGUUACUGAAAAAAAUUGGUCUCCAUGACUCCUGCGGAGUACACAACCUUCACGGGAUGCCUGGAGUCAUCUCGGCCAUUGUCUCAAUUGGGAUGUGCAUGUUUGCAUCUGAAACAUAUUAUGGCAAAGACCUGUAUGUACAAUUCCCACAUAUGAGCCCUCCAGCCAACAGCUCCCACUUCCAGGAACUCAAGAUGACCCUGGAGUCUCUGGAGCCUGGCUCUGGGUGGACUCCCAACCAACAGGCAUUGUACCAAAGUCUGGGAUUAAUUGUGACACUCGUCAUAGCUAUUAUUUCAGGAGCUAUAACUGGAAUCUCCCUCAGCUUCGACAGAUGUGAACCAGUGAGUCACCAUCGGCUCUUCAGCGAUGCCCCCUACUGGGAGCUACCGGAAGACGAACACCAUGACUCCAGCCACGUGGACAUUCACAAUCACACGAAGGUCUUUUCCGUCCAGGUGACGGCACCAGAGAUGGCUGCGAAGUUCCAGUGAGGGGAAACUACUCCCCUUUUGGUGGCACACCUUCGAUUUGACUUUCCAACCUUCCCUCUGUACUACUGACUUUCAUGGGGUCACUGAAGACUGCGGUCAAGGUUCUUUGAAGCAUUGCUUCUUUGGUCCCUGCAUAGCUACUGACAUUUUACCUCUUGGAUCCCUUCAACUCGACCUUACUCCAGUUUUCACUUCUGAUUUCGAGACAAAAUUCCUCGAGUGAAGCCUAAGAAUUUUAUAAAGGCUAAGUUCACUUCUGGGGAUCCUAUCAGUUAUGUAGCUCGAAGCAGGAUUCAGCUAAGUAAGGAUGCCUUGGUUAGGUUAGGUUAGGUUGGGUUAAGAAGAUAGUAUUAAUACUAAGCUCCGAAACACACAUUCUGGCCAUAUUGCUAUGAAGUGCCAACGAGCAUUUUAAUAAAAAUAAAACUUAAUCUAAUUUUGCUUAAAUAUUAUACCACUGUAGUUAGAUGAAUAAUUUUCUGGACGUUUCUGUGAUGA